AUGGACCUCAUACGGCCACAAAUGAUGGCCGACAGACGGCAUCAAGCCCGCCGCCGAGAACUGCAGAAUUUGCCCUACUGGGAGAGGCAGAAGUGGUCAAAUCCGAGAUCGUCAUCGGCCCCCCAAUCUCGCGGCGAGAGGAGACCGGCAUCGAGAUCGCAGGUCCGCGGUGACAGGCGACGGAGCUCGAGCCGAGCGCCUCCGGCCCGGGAGGUGGAUGCGCACGUGGGAAACCGCACG